AUGGGGAAAGAGGAGUGGUGUCAGAGAAGCCCUUCUGCAUUGGAGAGAGCCACCUCAGCGAACUCUUCAACAUCCUUCCCUGUACUGGACGUCGAUGCUGAAAUAGAGUUGGCUUCUAAUGUAAUGGAAUCUUUGAAAGACAGUGAGGUUCCAGCAGAUAUGGUUGUUAAUGUAACCAUGGCAGCCACAGCAAAGCAAGGGAAUGCUGGGAAACCAGGGCAUCAUGUGUACCACAUCACCUCGUCUGUUGCAAAUCCACUAGUAUUGGGCGAUGCCUUCAAAUUUUCCUGUAAUCACUUCAAUUCUUCUCCUCUUAUAGACUCAAAAGGGAAGAGGAUUGACAUUACUGGAAUGAAGUACUUCAGCCCCAUGGACACUCACUCCUCAUACAUUGGGAAUAAAUUAGUUCAACAGGGUGGGCUGAUGGAUGCAACCAUUUCAGACCAAAAGUUGCAUCGAGUGCGUGAAUUGAAAUGCAUAAGGAAGGUGGAGCGUGUUCUUCACAUGGUUAGGAUAUAUGAGCCAUACAUGUUCUACACUACAGCUCUAAACUAA